AUAGAGAGAGAGGGAGAGAUAGAGGGAGGGGAACCCCCUCCUCCCCAGGCCGGUUACUUUGUAACAAAGAAACUAGCGGCUGAUCAAAGGGAUCUGGGGAUCGGGGGAUUCCGGUCCCAGUCCCGAUCGGUAAUUCCCAAUUCUUCCCAGUGAUCCUCAGUUAUUCCCGGUAAUCCCCCGUGAUUCCGGAUUAUUCCCGGCUAUUCCAGGUGCUCCCCUGUUAUUCCCGGUGUUUCCCAGUAAUUCCGGUGAUUCCCGGUGUUUCCCAGUGAUUCCGGUGAUUCCCGGUGCUCCCCUGUUAUUCCCGGUGAUUCCCAGUGUUUCCCGGUGUUUCCCAGUGAUUCUGGUGAUUCCCGGUGCUCCCCUGUUAUUCCCGGUGUUUCCCAGUGAUUCCGGUGAUUCCCGGUGCUCCCCUGUUAUUCCCGGUGAUUCCCAGUGUAUCCCGGUGAUACCUGGUGUUUCCCAGUGAUUCCGGUGAUUCUCGGCGAAUCCUGGUUAUUCCCAGUGAUUCCAGUUCGGGAUGAGACUCUCCAUGCUCUUGGCUCUGGUCCGGCCAGUGGGGCCAGUGGUGAUCGGGGUGUCUCUGGGAUUCACCCUGAGUUUAUUGAGCAGUGGGUGGGGCGAGGAACCAUGUUCCCAACCCCGGGAAGGUGCAGGAAUCCGGGGAAGGAAACCCAGCUCCGUGGCUGCUGCUCCUGGAGGAGAGAGUGAAUCCAAGUGGCAGGAAUUCGAACCCAGGAUUGUCCCAUAUAAAGCGGCAAGUGUGAAAAACCCAGGCAAGAAAACUGUCAGAUCGCGUUAUAUCAGCACCGAGCUGGGGAUCCGUGAGGGUUUGUUUGUAGCUGUUCUGACAUCGAAAACCACUCUCAACACACUGGCAGUGGCUGUGAACCGUACCAUUGGCCAUCACAUUGACAAGGUCCUGUACUUCACUGGGACCAGGAGCCGGAAAAUUCCACACGGGAUGUACAUCGUAACCCACGGUGAUGAGAGGCCCAUCUGGAACAUGUACCAGACGGUGAAGUACAUUUUUGAACAUUACAGCGGUGAGUAUGACUGGUUCUACUUCAUUCAGGACAACUCGUACACUGAGAGCGAUCGCAUCAAGGGGCUGGUCAACCACCUGAGCAUCAACACUGACCUGUACAUGGGGCGUCCCGAGGAAUUCAUCGGCGGUGACACAGAGGGCCAUUACUGCCAUGGGGGAUUUGGAUACCUGCUGUCCCGGAGCCUCAUGAUCAAGUUGCAGCCACACCUGGAGAGCUGUCGGAAUGACAUCCUGAGUGCGAGGCCUGACGAGUGGCUUGGCCGCUGCAUCAUUGAUUAUGUGUCAGUGAGCUGUGUCAGUCAGUAUGAGGGUCUGCACUAUCGAUACUUUGAGCUGCUGAAGAAUGCUGAGCUGGAAAAGGAAGAGGGUUCGGAGUUCAGGAAUGCUUUGACUGUCCACCCCGUGAUGGACCCUGUCCAGAUGUAUCGGCUACACAAGCGUUACACUGAGCUGGAGCUGGAGAGAACCUAUCUGGACAUUGAAGAGCUACAGGAUGAAAUCAGAAACGUCAGUGGUCUCACAGCUGAGGGGGAGAAAGCCAGCAGCUGGCCCAUAGGGAUUAACCCCCCUUUUCAGCCCCGCACCCGGUUUGAGGUCCUUCGCUGGGACUACUUCACCGAGGACCAGGUCUUCUCCUGUGUGGAUGGCUCCCCAAAGUGUGAGCUGCGUGGGAUUGACAAGAGCGACAUCAGUAACAUCAUUGAAGUGGCUGUGGAGGAGUUGAAUAAGAAAUACCAACCCACGCUUCACCUGCGCAAAGAGCAGCUGCUGAAUGGCUAUCGCAGGUUUGACCCCACCCGGGGCAUGGAGUACACGCUGGACCUGCAGCUGGAGGCGGUUACCCAGAAGGGACAUAGCCGCUCCAUUACCAAGAGAGUCCACCUGGUGCGGCCACUCAGCAACGUGGAAAUCAUCCCCAUGCCAUAUGUGACUGAGGCCACCAGGAUCCACAUUAUCCUCCCGCUCAGUGUCCACGAGAGGGAGCAGGCAAUUCGCUUCAUUGAACUGUACGCCCUCAAUGCGCUGGAGAGCAAUGAGAACGCAAUCCUAACUCUGCUCUUCAUCUACGACCCCUUUGAAGCUCAAAGGGUCAAUCAGAACGACAUCUUCAGCAGCGUCAAGGCAAAGAUCAUGGACUGCGAGAGGAAGUAUCCAGAAACCAAGAUUCCCUGGAUUAGUGUGAAGACUGACUCACCGUGCCAGCUAAAGAUCAUGGACAUCAUCUCCAAGAAGCACCCGGUAGACACGUUGUUCUUUGUGGCCGGGAUCAACAUGGAGGUCAACUUUGAAUUCCUGAACCGGUGCCGCAUGAACACCAUCAGCCAAUGGCAGGUCUUCUUCCCCAUCCACUUCCAGGAAUAUAACCCGAAGAUCGCCUAUCACAACCAGCCACUGCCCCUGACCAUUGACUUGCUCAAGGAUUCCGGCCACUUUGACCGUGACUUCUUCGACGCCGCCUGUUUUUACAACUCUGACUACAUGGCAGCCCGAGGCAAGAUGGCCUCCGAUGCACUGGAGAACGAGGAAAUCCUGGAGACUCUGGACCUGUAUGAAAUGUUCGUCCAGUACUCCAACCUGCAUGUUUUCCGAGCUGUCGAACCUGCCCUGCGCCAGAAGCACGGGCAGAGGGUGUGCAGCCCGCGAGUGAGUGAGGAGAUUUACCAUCGAUGUGUGCAGAGCAACCUCCAGGCCCUAGGGUCUCGCUCCCAACUGGCAAUGCUGUUGUUUGAGCAGGAGCAAGGGAACAGCACCUGAGGCUCUCCAGCCCUGUGGGUGAUUGACUGGCAGCCGAGGAGCAUCUGUUAGUCCAUGUUACUCCCCUGGCUGCUGUGUUUCUCCCCCCCUGACCUUCGCUUGAGUAACAGGACACACUCCUUACCCCAACUGAGACUGGUUCACUCCCAAUUACUUCAACCAAACUGCAGGGUCAUUGACAGGUCAAAGAGGACCAAUGUUGGUCAACAAGAUAACCAAAAUCUCUCCGACUGCAGGAGCAAGCAGACUGUCAUCCCGUAAUUCCCCCAAGCCACUGAUGGGCCCCAACGUCUGCCUAGAUUCUAUUUUUACAAUAAAGGACAUAACAAUU